CUUCUACAGUCAGCUCAACCAAUCCUUAUAUAUAACAUACGUGAAAGAAAAAUGUCGAUAUCGAAAACUGAAACGGACAUCAUUCUCAACAAAGCCAAUGUUGCCUUAGCACGCAGCCAGCGUCUAGUAGCCUCCUGGCUCCCUCCGCCGACAGACGAAGAAAAGGCCCGUGUCAAGACAGAAGAAGAGCUGCAGCGAGAGGAAGAUGAGAUCUUCACUGCUGUUCCAGAGACACUAGGUGUCGGCGCGCCCCUCCCCGAAAAAGCCGCUGACGGGAGCUGGAACCGGACCGAAUUAGACUCCAACGAUAAGCUCCGCAAACAACUCCUGGGGAAACACUACAAGAAGGUCAUGGCUGCUUCUGCUGGGGCAAAAUCGGGCAAGCCGGUGGGCCGAAAUGGAGCACCCGCUGGGAAUGCGGCGGCUUCCUCGGCGGCUGGAACGGGAGAUGCGGAUGAUGAAGAUGAUGAUGAUGAUGAUGAAGAAGGACGAACGGCGGUGGUAGGAAGGAAAGGCGACCUUCGGAAGAAAGCGGUGGAUUCGGCACGGAAAAGAAAAGCUACGACUGAUAUCGCAGAGGACGAUGGCAAGGGCCCUAGUGGCGCUGGUGAGAUCAAGGAUGGAGAUAGCGAAGACACUGCAGCGAAGCACGAGGGCCCCUUAUCGCGACCAGCGCCAGGGCCGAGAGGUCGGAAGAAAGCCACAAGUUUUUUGGAUGAGAUACUCGCCGAUCGGUCGAAAAAGAGGAAGAAGCGAUGAUGUUGGUCGUCAGGAACCUCCCCUAAUCUUUCAGUUGUACAACAUGAUACCCAGAUAUCCGAUGAAAUAUUGAGUUUGAUAGACAGCGAUUCACGUGAAUACAGCAAAUCCUUUUUGUGGACCUUCUCGUUGUCGUGAUUGACCUUAUUCUUAUAGUUAGCCAUACUCUCGAAUUAGUCUCACCAGUUCCUGACCAACAUCCGAGAGAUGGGCAAAGGCUGCAGACAAUAUUCUGUC